AUGAAACUGGCUCGGCUUUUGUGCACACUUAGUGCUUUGACGGGUGGAGCUCUGGCUCGCCUCGUUACUGUGCCUACUGUGCCGUUUACAGAGACAGGCGGUAGCUAUAAGCUCUCGGAGAUCACCAAGAUUGUUGUUGAUUCUCGGUAUAGCGAGUCCGUUGAUCACAAUGGUCAGACUUUGAUACCACCGACUCUGCAGGAGUUCGCUGAGACAUUUCAGGGGGACCUUAAAGAGGUUCUGGGAUUGAAUGUCCAGCUCACCAAGGGCACGGAACGGACAAAAAACACUAUCUUCGUGACCAUUGGGAAUGAUACGGGUUUCAUGAAUGCUGCUGGUAUAUUUACCUCAGAGGCAUAUGAAUUAAAAGUUGAUGAUAGUGGGGUCGUCGUCACUGGAGCCAGUCCCUUGGGCGCGUGGUGGGCCACCCGGUCGAUCAUCCAAAUUGCUUCUACUGGGAACUCUGCCCUUCCUAAAGGUUCCGGCGUGGAUGCUCCGGGAUGGGGAACUCGAGGAGUCAUGCUCGACGCUGGCCGACACUUCUACCCCGCGGAUUUUCUGAUUGAGAUGUGCUCGUACCUGUCCUUCUUCAAGCAAAACACGUUCCACGUUCACCUCAGUGACAACCUCUACAACAAUGUUGACCUAUACUCCCGAGAAAGGAGUCUGGAUCUCUAUGCUGCCUUCCGACUGUGGUCUGACGAUGAGUCCGUUGCGGGAUUGAACCGCCGGGCUAACGAGUCAUAUACCCGUGCGCAAUUCGAUAAUAUUCAGACGCAAUGCGCAAAGCGCGGAGUCACAAUCAUCCCCGAGAUCGAGGCUCCCGGCCACGCACUUGUGAUCGUACAGUGGAAGCCAGAGCUGGGUCUAGAUGAUCUGAGCAUGCUCAACAUCAGCCACCCGGAUACCAUCCCUACCAUGAAGACCAUUUGGAAGACCUUCUUGCCAUGGUUCCACAGCAAGAUUGUUCACAUUGGCGCGGACGAGUACGAUAGCAGUCUGAUCAGUGAUUAUACGAGCUUUGUGAACCAAAUGAACACGUUCAUUCAAGAAGAGACAUCUGGAACCAAGUCUAUGCGCAUCUGGGGCACUUUCACUCCGAAGGAGGGUGCCAAUGUCUCCAAGUCUGUCUCGUACCAGCACUGGGAUGUCAGUGCGGACCAACCGUACUAUGAUUAUAUCGAGAAUGGAUAUAAUGUCCUCAACUCCGAUGACUACAUGUACCUUGUGGGUGGUUGGAGUGGCUCAUUCGCGCAGAAGCUUAGUCUGGACAAAAUAUUCAACGGUCCAUACGACGCGCCUUAUUCACCGGUGGUGUUCGACAGCUCCAAUCAGACCGAUAAUCCUUCCCGCAAUAAUCCUCGUGUUCUGGGCGAGGUCGCAGCAUUGUGGAAUGACUAUGGGCCAAACUCGACCACCGUCUUGCAGGCGUACUUUUCCUGGCGCGAUGCUCUUCCCGCUCUCGCCGAUAAACAGUGGGGUGGCGACAUCACACAAGGCGAGUACAAUACCGUCUUUGAUUCUCUCCACGCUGCCGUGCCGGAUCAGAACCUCGAUCGUGCGAUCCGCAGCACCUCCGAUACCAUCCUCCAUUAUACAUUUGACGAAUCCAACUCAAAAUCACUCACCGACCAGUCUGGCAAUAGAUACCACGGCACAGUCCACGGUUGCAAGAUAGCCGAUAAAACUCUGCACCUAGCCGAUGGGUGCUAUAUCGAAACACCUCUAGGCAGCAAGGGACGCGACUACACACUCUCGUUCCGAAUCAAACCCACCUCCCAAACACCGGGUACACUGUUCGCUGGACCCGACUCCACAUUCGUCAAUGGCAAUGGCACCAUAACGAACGCAACUCUCAUCAGCGGUGGAAAUCCCUACUCAUUGAACUAUACUCUUCCUCUCAACGCGUGGACAGAAGUUAGCUUAAUUGGAAAGGGCAACUCUACCCUCCUUUCCGUCUCAGGCAAGGGUACCAAAUCCACAACAAUGGAGUUCUUGACUAAAAUCGGCGUCAAUGGGGAAUCAUUUGUGUGGGCGCCUAUAGCAGUGGAGGCACCGCUGACGCGUAUAGGCGAAGGGUUUACAGGGUUGAUGCAGAAUAUUGUGUUGAAAGGUAGUGCGCCGACUUAA